UAUAUAUGUUAUGUUAUUAGAACACAAUAAUAUUAAUCAUCAUAAAAAUAUCAUGGAAAAAGAAAGAGCUCUGUUAUCAACAGAGAUAGUAAACAAAGGAAUAGAGUGCUCGGGGCCCAACGCAGGGUCCCCGACAUUUUCCGUUAGAGUCCGGCGUAAAUUGCCGGACUUUGUUACCUCGGUUAACCUAAAAUACGUGAAAUUAGGUUACCACCAUUUGAUCAAUCAUGGAAUAUAUUUGGUGACCAUUCCUUUGGUGGUGCUCGUAUUGAGUGCUGAAGUGGGUAACACUUUGACGAGCAGAGAAGAGCUUUGGAAAAAAGUUUGGGAAGAUGCUCGGUAUGAUUUGGCCACUCUGCUCGGCUUCUUCGCUCUCUUUGUCUUCACUUGCUCGCUUUAUUUCAUGUCUCGGCCGAGGUCCAUUUAUCUUCUCGAUUUUGCUUGUUUUCGCCCUAAUGAUAAUCUUAAGGUGACAAAAGAAGAGUUCAUAGAAAUUGCAAGAAAAUCGGGAAAAUUUGAGGAAGAAAGCUUAUUAUUCCAAAAAAAAAUUGUGAACUCAUCAGGGCUUGGGGAUGAAACAUACAUCCCAAAAUCAGUGAUCAUGUCGAGCGAGAAUGCAUCGACCAUGAAAGAAGGUCGAGCUGAGGCAUCAAUGGUAAUGUUUGGAGCCCUAGACGAGCUAUUCGAGAAAACUCGAGUGAGGCCUAAGGAUGUAGGUAUACUCGUAGUGAAUUGUAGCUUAUUUAACCCUACACCUUCUCUUUCGGCUAUGAUCAUAAACCACUACAAGAUGAGAGGUAAUAUUUUGAGCUUCAAUCUUGGUGGGAUGGGGUGUAGUGCGGGGAUCAUAGCCGUUGAUCUAGCUCGGGAUAUGCUCCAAGCAAACCCUAAUAACUACGCCGUGGUUGUGAGUACUGAGAUGGUAGGGUACAAUUGGUACCCUGGCAAUGAUCGCUCUAUGCUCAUCCCUAAUUGUUUCUUUCGCAUGGGUUGUUCUGCUCUUCUACUUUCUAAUCGUCGACGUGACUUUCAUCGUGCUAAGUAUCGCCUAGAACACAUCGUCAGAACCCAUAAAGGCGCUGACGAUUCGAGCUUCAGGGCUAUUUACCAAGAAGAAGAUGAGAAAAGACAAAAAGGUCUAAAAAUAAGCAAAGACAUAAUGGAAAUAGGAGGUGAUGCCAUCAAAACCAACAUCACAACAUUGGGCCCACUAGUCCUUCCUUUAUCGGAACAACUCCUCUUUUUUGCCACUCUCCUUUGGACCCACCUUUUCGGCGGUAGGGCUACCACAUCCGCCGAAAAGGGUAGCUCUCCUCAUCCCCGACCAUCGCUAUCUCCUGCCACAACUAAGAAACCGUACAUCCCAGACUACAAACUCGCGUUUGAGCACUUUUGUGUGCAUGCUGCGAGCAAACAUGUGCUCGACGAGCUACAAAAAAAUUUAGGGCUUAGCUCGGGCCAUGUGGAGGCAUCGAGAAUGACCCUCCACCGAUUCGGGAACACAUCGAGUAGUAGCAUAUGGUACGAAUUGUCCUAUCUCGAGGCCAAGGAAAAAGUCAAAAGAGGAGACCGUGUUUGGAUGUUGUCGUUCGGAUCUGGUUUUAAGUGCAAUAGCCUUGUUUGGAGGUCGCUUAAGCGUAUUCGAAAGCCUUUGAGGAAUAAUCCUUGGCUUGAUUGCAUUGAUAGGUAUCCAAUCAAUAACUAAUUUUCUUAAUUGACUAAUUAAUUAAGGAAAUUAAUAAUAGUAUGUUAUAAUUAUUAAUAAUUAUUAUUAGAUCAUGCAUGCAGGGAAUUAAUAGUACUUAUCAACAAGAUUGUGAUAUAGAUAUAAUAUAUUAUAUUUUGUGUGAGGUUGGAUUUUGAACAUAUAUACUACAUAGUUAUAUGUAGAACAUAUAUUUUAUUAUUUUAAGUAUGUUAUAUAUACAUAGAUGAUUUGGAUUAUAAUGUAAUAUGCAAUAUUUUCAGAUUUAAUUUAUAUUUCUUUCAUCAUCAAUAGUGAUGAAUUUUUUGCUA